AUGUACUCUUGGUCCCCUCUCCACGCCCCCAGGGGCACGCGGCUGCUCUUCAGACAUCAUGCAUAUCUACUUCCACGCCGCUACAUUUCCACAUCGUCGCCAAAAGCCUGCACUAUCAAGGCCUCUUCCCCAGAUCCAGCUCCAGAGGCACCAGCAGCAGCAUCACCAAGAAGGAAACAUGCAGACCUCCCUCCGCUAUCCCGCCUCCCAAACAAGCUCCUCCUCCGCUCACUGCUCCUAUCCAGCCUGAUGACAUCGAAGAUAUUUCUCCGUCCGUCACUGGCACUCCUGGAAACCCUCGCCUCAUCCAAAUCCGCAUUCCUAAACCCAGACAGAAACUCACUCCUGAACAGACUCGUCAGGUGGACGCUGUAUAACCACUUCUGUCCGGGAACGAAUCGCGCUGAGGUCGUGCAAACCGUCAAUCAGAUUAAGCAGAUGGGCUACCAGGGUGUUAUCCUGGGGUAUUCGAAAGAGGUUGUUCUCCCUCAUAGCGAGUCUAACCAGCAGGAUAUACAUGAGACUGCUGGUACAGCGAAGGACUACCCACCGCAGUACUACCAGGUAAUUGAAGAGUGGAAACGGGGUACCCUUGAGACCCUCCGCAUGGUUGGACCGGGAGACUUCCUCGCCUUGAAACUCACCGGUGCCGGCCCAAUCUCACUUGAAGCCAUGCAAGCGCGCGCCCCAAUCCCAGCAGCCGUUUUGAACGCCCUCGACGAAAUCUGCACCGAGACCGCAAAGCAGGGAUCCCGGCUUUGGCUGGACGCCGAGCAGCAGCUUCUCCAGCCGGGACUGGAUAACUGGGCUAUUGAGCUUAUGCGGCGAUACAACACUCCUGCUUCGAGCGCUGACUUGGGAGGUCCGCUUGUGUAUAAUACCAUCCAGGCGUACCUCAAGGGCUCGAGGGCGAAUGUGCAGCGGCAUCUUGAUGAAGCUGAGAAGGGGGGUUUCUUGCUCGGAGUGAAAUUAGUGCGGGGGGCGUAUAUCGAGCAUGAAGUGCGGGGGCUGAUUCAUAAUUCGAAGACGGAGACGGAUGACUCGUAUAAUGGGAUUGCGGAGAUGUUGAUUUGUCGGCGGCAGGCUCGCUCUGAAGGGAAGGAUGUGUCUGUGCCGGCUGCUGCGUUGUUUCUGGCUACGCAUAAUUCUGAGAGUGCGGAUAGGGCUAUUCGGUUAUAUCAGGGGCGGUUGGAGGGCGGGCUGCCUACGGUGAGUGUCCUGGAGUGUGGGCAGAUUAUGGGGAUGGCGGAUGAGUUGAGCUGUGAGUUGGUGCAGCGGUAUGAGACAGCUGCUGUAGAAGGGAGAGUAGGGGCUCCGAGGACAUUCAAGUGUAUGCAUUGGGGGACGGUGUCGGAGUGUAUGGAGUAUCUGCAUCGGAGAGCUAUUGAGAACAGGGGUGCUGUUGAGCGGACGCAUCAUAUGAGGGCUGCGCUGGCAAGGGAAUUCCGGCGUAGGAUUGGACGCUAG